AUGAGGAUACUGUGCGCCUUUCUGGCCGUGCAGGCCGUCGCCGCCAUUGGCGAGAAUGCGAUGGACCUCCAAACGAUCACCGGCAUCAUCAGCGGCCUGGGCAGCAUGGUUGGCCAGACCGUGGAGACGAUCAACCUGCCCGCCGAGCUGUUCAUGGGCAAAUGGCAUCAAAUGUACAAGGCGGCCAUCAACUUUGAUGUCUUCAGGACGCAGAUGUUCUGCCAGGUGUCGUACUUUAAAGAAAACUCGGUGAUGGGCUCGGACGGCUUCUCGAUUGAGGAGGCCUACAGGGUGGUGUCGAAGAACGGGCCGAUCGAGACGUACAAGCGCGAUAUGAACAAGGUCGGCCCCGGCCAGUACUGGAUGUAUACCGAGGAGUACUUCUACCCCAGACAAUUCUAUAUCCUGCACGCGGGGCCCGGAUACGACAACGAGACGAUGGGAACUGAGGCUCCGGAAGGAAUUCAGUACCUCGUCGUUUCGGACUCAAAUCGACUUUCCUUGAUGGUGAUGGCUAGGGAUCCGAAUACUUACUAUCAGAAAUACGACGAGGAGGUGAAAACCUACCUGAAAACCAAAGGCUUCGGCGGCAACGUCUUCUGGAACUCCCCGAAGCCCAUCUACCAGGGCCAGGACUGCGAGUGGCCCACCGAAAAAGAGGUCUUCGCCAGAAGGGUGCUGAAGAACCAAGAGGCCCUCGAGAAGUCGAAGCAGAACGCCGUCACGGAGAAGAGUGCAAUCGGGGAUUCCCCUCUGGCCGACUUCUUCAAGAACCCGACAAAGAUCCUCCAGGAACUCGCCAAGCAAGCCGCCAUGCAUCUGGCCCUCGUCCUGCUUGGGCUCUUCGCCGCCGUCCAGGCGCAGCUCGAGCCGUUCGGACCCGACAGAUUUGACCCAAAGCCCACGGUGCCCCCAGAGUUCCGCCAAUACUUUGAACUUGACGGGCACGCCCGCGAACUUGUCGACUCGCUGCUGGGCCCAAGGCCCGGCGGCUUCUUCCCCGAGAAAACCUACGAAAUCGGACAAGGUACACCUGUUGCCGCCCAGGGUGGCGCUGCUCAGCCAAGACAUGAGAUUUCGAAACUUGAGCGCACCUUGGAGCAGUUUUUCACGGCCCCUGAAGGAGAAGCCGCGAAUGGCUUGCCACCCGGCUUCGGAUCCGGCUUCUCGGUGCUGAACAACCACAAGCAGAUCGCUGGGACUGGGCUUCAGCGUGAUGGCAAGCAACAGCACAUCAACACCGACGGCAACUCGAUCGCCGGAAUCCCGAACGUCUUCCCAAAGUUGCCCAAAGCGCCGAUGAUGAACCAGCCGACAGUUGCGCCCUCUAGAAAACCGUUGAUCGCCGAUGACUUGCCAGUCAUGCCAAGCAUCGAGGCUGCUCCAGAGGUCCCUGAGGGUGGUAUGCUGCCUUCUGAUGUUCGUCGUGCUCCGGAAUCUGUUGGAGACGUGCCCCUCGAUGACAGCGAGCCUGGAGAUGGUGAAUAUGGAGGUCUGGCCGAAGAGACAUCGACUGGAGGAGGUGGCCUCAUCGGCACCAUCCUGAACCUCAUCAACCUCGGCUCGAAGAAGGUCAAGGAGGGCGGCAAGCCCGGAUCCGGAAACGCCACUGCCAUCGGAUCGGCCGUCUCGAACUUGUUGUCCGGGCCCAACAGCCCGCUGCCCGGGUCGGAUUUGAAGAACUUCUUCUCGAAUUCGCUUUACAAGGCCUUGACGGCCGGUUCCGUGCAGAAGAACGAGACGGACGCCCCCGGAAAUGGCACCGAACUUACUGACGCUCAGAAGGCGGCCAUUGGCGAGAAUCUGGAGAUGAUCCAGAAUUUGAUCAUCCAGCCGUCAUCCCCUCUUUGCACGUCCAAGCCUGAACCUGUUGAUUUUGACUUUUACGCCUUGUUGGGACAGUGGUACCAGGUCGUCUACUCUCCACCGCUCUCCCGCGGACCCUGCAGCAUGGUCGUCUACAAGAAGCUGUCCGAGAACAACAAUGGAGGCGCCGGCAGCAUCUUCGAGACGUUCGAGUACGCCACCGAUGGCACCCCAAACGCCCGUCCUUCUAUCAUGUCUGGUUAUGCCAUCGUCAAAUCGGCCGGCGAGCUCAUCUUCCGCACGUCGAGCAACAAGGAGGACGUCAAUAUCCACGUACUCCACACCGGCCCGCUGAACGCCAACAACGAGUACGAGUUUGUGGUCAUGUCGACGAACUGCAACUUCCCGAUGUAUGUGUUCGCUAGGGAUCCCGUCGUCUACAAGCAGCGCUACGAGACGGCCGUGAUGGAGAUGAUGGAGAAGAAGGGCUGGGUGAACGGCUUCUCCCGCCUACUGAACGUCGUCGCCUCUGUCGACCAGUCGAUGUGCAGCUUCCCGCCGUCGCUGUUCAACUACCAGGGC